GGGCACUCUUUAAAACAUCCACCAUCAGAUUGAACGAUUUACAAGGAGGAAACCAUCUGUUUUUGCACGAACAUACAUUAGUAUGCGGCAGGACCGAAAGACAAAAACGUAUCAUUUCCUUUUUGCCAUCAUCAUUAUAACGCCACAGAAGCGCCUUUUAGCAUUUUAAAAAGAAGCGCCUGUCUUGUCUGACCAUGAACACCUCAAUGAAUAAGUCAGACUGCCCAGAGUUGAGCGUUCCUCUCCCCAUUUUCUUCACUAUCGGAGUAUUCAGUCUGAUGGAGAAUCUCUUGGUUGUGGUGGCCGUCAUAUACAACCGAAACCUGCACUCGCCCAUGUACUGCUUCAUGUGCAGCUUGGCGGGCUUCAACACCAUCGCCAGUCUCACUAAAACCUGUGAGAACGUCCUGCUUGUGUUUGCACAUGUGGGACAACUAGAGAAGCAAGGUUCCUCUGAGACUAAGAUUGAUGACGUGAUUGACUCACUGAUCUGUAUGUCUUUUGUGGGUUCAAUUCUCAGCUUCCUGGCCAUUGCCGUGGACCGAUACAUCUCUAUAUUCCAUGCACUUAGAUACCACAACAUCAUGACAAUGCGACUCACAGGGACCAGUUUAGGCAUCAUCUGGACAACAUGUGGGGUGUCAGCCAUAUUCAUGGUGAGGUUCUUCGACGUCAAGUUCAUCAUGAUCUGCUUUGUUUGCCUAUUUUUGAUCUCCUUUGCCGUCAUUUGCUUCCUCUACAUUUAUAUGUUCAUGCUGGCACGUAAUCAUGCCAGGAAGAUUGCUGCUGUGAAUUCGGGUGGCGGUGACAAAUGUCGUUUAAGGUGGUGGGGAAGCAGUAUGAGAGGAGCCCUAACACUAACCAUCCUGUUUGGGGCAUUUGUUGUGUGUUGGGCACCUUUUUUCCUUCACCUCAUCAUCAUGACAGUGUGCCCGACAGACCCAUAUUGUGAGUGUUACAGAUCACUCUUCCAGCUCCACUUAUUGCUGCUAACGAGCCACGCCCUUAUCGACCCUGCUAUCUAUGCCUUCCGCAGCGCCGAGCUCAGGCAUACGUUCCGGAAGAUGCUUCUUUGUUCCUAAGAGGCGCAGCUUUUUCAAAUUUGAAAAAUGUCAUUUCGCUCACCAAUGGAUGAUAAAUAUGUAUCAUGUAUUAGGACAAAGAGAGAGGCCGAGUUGCACUUUGAUUAGAUUUGUGCUGUUUCAAAGUUUUAACCUUUUAUUUCAAUUUACAGUAUUAUCAGCCAGAAGCUUUCUCCUGCCCUUUUCUUUCACGUGCACACUUUCUUUAAAGUCAACUUUAUGUUGUAAUUAAAUCAGGAUAUUUUAAUGUAGUUGCUUAAGGCUAAAUCACUGCUCUUGUGAUUAAAGCCUGCAUCAUCUGAAAUUCCGUUUUCAGCUCAGUAAAGCAAUGCGCAACCUAAUCGGAAUCUUGAUCACCAGACUUGAGAUGGAUGGGAUAUUCCAGCAACGGACGAAUGCUCGCAGAUUUGUGAACAGUUUAACAUUUAUUUUUAUUAACAAUGAAAACAUCUUGGGUCUUUGAGUUCAAACAUUAAAUUUUAUCCAGUUAAAUACAAAUAUAAGCAUUUAUUUCAACAAUGAGCAUGAUAUAGAUUAUGUGUUUUUGUUUAUCUGUGAAAUUCCAUAUGCAUGAAAUAUGUAACAGCUAAUAACAAUGUGUCUUUGUUGGCAACAUUAUGUCAAGCUCAAGUAGGUUGUCUUGUACUAUUUGAAUACUGAACUAGAACAAUUACUUUGUUAUUAUGUUGUAGCUAAAAACAUUUUCCCUAAACAAUUUUGUCACCCAUGAGAUUUGUUUCCAUUGUUACACAGGGAAAAAACACAAUAUCAUAUCAGAUAAAAUACAGUUUUGAAAAUUUAACAUGGUAUUUACAGUGUUUAUACAAAUGUGG